UCUGCAUUCAUUAUGUAUAUCUUAAUAGAAUGUUUUAAACAAAUAUAAUAUUCACAGAUAAACACAUUUCCAUUUGUCCAUAUUUUGUGUAUGUUUCCUCCAUCCAAACUUACUUUUUUCUUUCUUGAUUAAUAAAUGGUAAAAUUUUGCACUUGUUCACUACUCUCCAAAGUCCAAACUCUUUCUAAACCCUAAAGAAGCUCUUUAUCAUUUCUUCAUCAUAUUUUUUUUUGAUAAAGAGCUCUUCAUCAUCUUCCUUGUUCGCUUACACUAUGGCUUCUCUCUUUAACCAAGUCCCUUCUGUAUCCACAGUUUUCGCCCUCUACACAUCUUUAUCCGCAAUCAUGAUGAUUCUCCGUAACAUCCUCAACGAAAUUGUGCCUAAGCCCAGUGGCGGAGGCAACCCAAUCCGAGAUUACAUCACUCCGAAAGUUGUAGACUUGUUCUCUUCUUAUUUUCAGUCGAGUUUUUCGUUUGUUAUAGAGGAAAAAUGGGAUUUUUGCGAUAAUCAGACUUUCCGUGCGGCCGAAGUUUACUUAACAACGCGUCUUGCCGGACUUUCAAGCCGAGAACUCCUCGUGGGUUCAAGUGAUAUCAAGAAUCUGUCGGCUGAGCCGAAACUCGGAAUCCAUAUCAACACAAAGAUUUUUGAUGAGUUUGAAGGGAUUCAUCUAGAGUGGACUCUACACUCUGUUGAGACAAAAACUUAUCCCUACGAGAAACGAUACUUUAAUCUGACUUGUAAGAAGGAGUUUCGUGACAAGAUAAUGAAAGAUUACUUCACAUACUUGGCGAAAUCAGCAGAGAAGAUAAUGAGACAUCGCGAAAAUCUCUACAUCUACACUUACAACCGAGAAGGGUCAUCAUGGCAAGCAGCCAUUUUCGAGCACCACACGAGCUUUGAGACCUUAGCUAUUGAGCCGCAACUUAAGACCACCAUGAUAGACGAUCUUGAUGCUUUUUCUAAAGGAAAAGACUUCUUCAAGAGAGUGGGACGCGCAUGGAAACGUGGAUAUCUUCUAUACGGUCCACCCGGUACCGGAAAAUCUUCUAUGGUGGCUGCAAUAGCUAAUCACAUGAACUACAAUAUCUAUGAUCUCCAGAUUCAGAGCGUUAGAGAUGAUGGUGAGUUGCGGACAAUUCUUACCGCCACCAAGAACAGGUCAAUUCUUCUCAUUGAAGACAUUGAUUGUGGAGCUGAUGCAUCUCGUAGACGCCAGACCAAAAAUGAAGAAGAUGUUGAGCUCCAAAAGCAAAAGAAGAAGCCUGACCUUGGGAUAUCUUUGUCUGGUCUAUUGAACUUUGUAGACGGGCUUUGGUCGAGUUGCGGAGAAGAAAGAAUCAUAAUUUUUACAACCAAUCACAAGGAGAAGCUCGACCCGGCAUUGCUGAGGCCGGGAAGAAUGGAUGUUCACAUUCUCAUGGACUAUUGCACUCCAUUUGUGUUGAAGAAGCUUGUGGCUAUGUACCUUAAAACUGAUGACCAUGUCCUGUUUGAUCCCAUCGAGAAACUUGUCAUUGAUGUGAGUGUAACUCCGGCUGAAAUCGCGCAGCAGCUCAUGGCGAGUAAGAACGCUGAUAUUGCGCUCAAAGGUCUACUCGAAUUCCUCGAAAACAAGAAGAUGAAGAAGGAAGAAGAUGCCAAAGUUGAGGAAGAGGGUGAGAUUGAAGAUGCUGACAUUAAAGAAGCUUAAACAUAACUAGAUCUUAUGCUACUAUUGAGAAGUAACUUUGUAUUCCAAUUCCUUUUGGCAAGAAAAAUCAUUUCUUCAGACCAGAUGAGACAGAUAGCUUCAUGUUGGUUGUGCAUUAAGAAUUAGUGUGGCACUGCGAGUCUCAAAAUUAUAUCUAUCUUUCUUUUAUAUAACUCAAUAUUUUGGCUAAAAACUGGAAGAUGAAAGGAGAUACCAACAACUGCAGAUGGUACAUAACAAACUACGAACGGGUUUACUCACAGCAGAACCCUAUGACUUUGAUUCUUUCUCAAGAAACCUCGAAUCGAACAACAAUGCAAGUGUUUUUAUUUUAUUUUAUUUGAACUUAUCAUUUUCUAAACUUAAUUCUUUUAGCCAUUACGAGAUGUAAGACAUCUUCAAAAUUUAUUAUAUUACUAAUUGUAUAAAUAGAUCUAUUUAUAUCAAAACGUAAAAUAAUCUACAACAAACUACAAAUACCUACUACGUGGAUAAUCAUCUACUAUUAGUAUAAUUUUUACAUCCAAAAAAAUGAAUAUGAAUUUGAACCUAACCGAAAUAUAUUAAUUUAAACUUAAAUAUAGUUCAAAAUGAAAGUUAUAUUUGAACAAAACUCUUUUUUUUUUUAUAUACCAAAACCAUACCAAA